ACAAACGUACUACGUGCACGACAGUGCAUCCACAGGCGCCGAUCAACAUUUCUAUUCUUUUAGAUUCGAUCGGAAGUUGCAAUUUCACCAACCCGGAACCGAAACGUUCUCAAAUCGGAGAAACCACGUGCAAACCCGCGCCGCGAUCGCAGCGGUUGUUGGGGGUCCGCGACAGCGAAGCUACAAACAAAUCCCUCGCCACUCGUAGCAAGACACCAAAUCAUUAGAACGCCCAAGAUAAUUACUAGUAAAUCCGUGCUGCCGUGACGGCACCAACAGCGACCCGUUAGCCGGAUUCAAAACCGGGGAGGAAUCCAUCCAUCCAUCCCCAAUUCCCAUCAUCGUCGUCGUCCCAGGCCUUUGCGCGAAGCCAACUCCCCCCGUCGUCUCGCAGAUCUGUUUCUCCUUCCCGAACAAUUCGAAUUCGAUCGCCCUCCGGGUCACCCGCGCCGGCCAGAUUUAUGCAGCCAUGCAGAGCGGCGGGUUUCGGUACAGUUUGACUACUGCUGUCGCCGCUGCUACCGGGCUGAGGAGGGAUCGGUUUCGGGAUCCGCAAUGGCGAGCCUGUCGGACUCGGCGGGCGCAGGCGGCGGCCGAGCCGGCGCGGAGCUGAUGGUGCCACAGUUCCUACUCAAGGCGCUGCACGCCAUCCUCGCCGUGCGGUCGCCGCGCCCGAACGCGUUGGCGCCUGCGCCCCCGGCGGCGUCGGCGGCGUUCCGGAGGCGGGACCGGUGGUUCCACCUGCCGCUCCACGCGCCGCCGCCGCCGCCCGCGGCGGAGCACCUGCCGGAGCCGUCCACCGGGGAGCCGCUCGUGGUGGACGUGUACCUGGCCCCGUCGGGCGGCGGACCUGAGGAGGUGCUCGAGAGGUGGACCGUGGCGUGCGAGCCCUGGCCCUCGCCCGCCGCCGUGGGGGAAGGGCUGGCGGUCAACAGGGCGUACAAGCGCUGCAUCACGCUGCUCAGGUCACUCUACGCCGCGCUCCGCUUCCUCCCGGCCUACCGCGCCUUCCGCACGCUCUGCGCGUCGUCUGGCCAGGUGUACAACUACGAGAUGGGCCACCGCGUCGGCUCCUUCGCCACGCCCUUCUCCCGCGCCGAGGAGGCGGCCAUGCGCACUAAACGCCUCGCCCCCGUCGAGACCCAGCUCGGCCGCCUCGUCGUCUCGGUACAGUACCUCCCCAGCCUCGCCGCCUUCAAUUUCGAGGUCACUUCCCUCGCGUCCGCCGCGAUCAUCACGGAUUACGUCGGCAGCCCCGCGGCCGAGCCUAUGCGUGCCUUCCCAGCUUCGCUCACGGAGGCCGCCGGCUCGCACUUUCCGCAGCCGUCGCGGCGCCCCAACAGCUGGGCGUCGCCAGCGCCCUGGCCGCACACCCUGGGGCAACCGGCGAAAUUCUCGCCUCCGCCGGCCCAUUACGCGUCGCCCACGCCCUCGCCGCCGACGUUUGGCUAUCUGCACUCACGGUUUAGCGGUGAGACUGCACCAAUGAGCAUACCGCAGGCGGGCGGUGGCAGGGGCCCUGUGCACCCUCGGAACAUGUCCGAACCCAGUAGGGCCUUCAUGUUUCCUCCACCUUCGCCAAAAAAUGUCCGAGGGGAAGCAGGGAUGCAGGAGUCACCUACAGAGACCAAUCGGUCGUUCAAAAGGGCGGAUGGCAUCCGCAUGGGAGAUCUCUAUGCAAACUUGCCGCCUGGUUCAAAGAUUAAGGACAGUAGGGAUGAAUCUGGCAGGUUCUCUGGUGUCUUCUCUUCUAGUGGUUCACCACGACUUGGGUUCUCAAGAAGUUCAAGCAGAUUGUCCAUGCAGGAUGAUACUGAUGAUGCGGAUUUUCCUUUUGCUGUGGAUGAUGUUGAUCCAGAUUCACGACCAGGGAGUAGUGGCGGAAAGGACACAGGGGAUCAGGCUGGUUCGUCAUCCCAUAAAUCCCAAGAUGCUGCUGUUGGGUAUCUUGUUCACCUGCUGAAAUCUGCUCGCCCCCUGCGAGAUUCUAGCUACUCAUCUCAUACAUCAAGGGGUGAAUCUAUGGAAGCUGGAAGCACCAGCUCUUUCAUGUCCCGCAGGACAUCCGAUGCACUGGAGGAGUUCGAAUCUUUCAAAGAAAUAAGGGAGAACCUCCUAGCACGUAGUAGGUCUAGGCUGCAAGAUUCAUUGGAUAAACCCUAGUGUAGAUGCAGCCUGUGGUUCCGUUCCUUAACAGGUGAAAGGUCAAAGGGUCCAAACUGUAGAGUAGAAUCAUAUGGUGAGCUUGGGUAACUCCUCAUUUUAGACUUGUCCAUGUAAAUAACUAAUCAACUGGCGCUUGUUUCUGAAAGAGAACACGCAGGCCGCCAUUGAUUCUAUUGUUGGAAAACUUCUCAUUCUUAAACUCAAAAGCAGGAAUAUCGUGUGCCUUUGUUCAUAGUGUGUCUGUAUACAAGGGAAACCAACUUGGAUACAAUGUUACUAAGCGCUUGUGAGGCUGUGACAGCCACAGCGCUUAGGCGUGUGGUAUCAUCGAUCAUGUAACUAGACUAAACUGUUUACUAUUUAUUCUGUUUCCUGUCGUAUAUUUCCAUCGA